CGUAAACUGUCGGUCACAUUUUGUGUGGGUUGUUUGCCGGAGAGCAGUUCUAUAUCGAGUGGAAAUAUUUGUUUUUUAAGAAAUACACCCAAAGAUUCUUCAGGAUGUCGAUGUUAGCUUCCGCCCUAUCCGUCGCGGGUACCAGAACCUCAGGGGCCCCCGUCCGCACCCAGAACGUCAUGGCUGCCUGCUCCAUUGCAAACAUUGUAAAGACCUCAUUGGGACCAGUUGGACUUGACAAAAUGUUAGUUGAUGACAUCGGUGAUGUGACUAUCACCAAUGAUGGAGCCACUAUUUUGAGGCUGUUGGAAGUUGAACAUCCUGCUGCUAGGGUCUUGGUGGAGUUGGCUCAGUUGCAAGAUGAGGAAGUUGGUGAUGGCACAACCUCAGUAGUCAUUAUUGCUGCUGAAUUGUUGAAAAAUGCUGAUGAAUUAGUCAAACAAAAGAUUCAUCCCACAUCCAUUAUCAGUGGAUACAGGUUGGCGUGUAAGGAAGCUUGCAGGUAUAUCCAGGACAAUUUGACCAUCCCCGUUGAUGUUUUGGACAAAGAGAGCAUCAUCAACGUCGCUAAGACUUCCAUGAGCUCGAAGAUCAUCGGCGCCGAUGCCGAGCUCUUCUCCCAGAUCGUAGUUGAUGCCGCCUACGCGGUGAAGAUCACAGAUGUUAGAGGCAACGCCCUUUAUCCGAUCAAGGCCGUGAAUGUGCUGAAGGCGCACGGAAAGAGCGCCAGGGAGAGUGUGUUGGUCCAAGGUUACGCAUUGAACUGCACGGUCGCUAGCCAGGCCAUGCCCAAGAAGAUCACCAACGCCAAGAUCGCCUGCCUUGACUUCUCCCUUCAAAAGGUUAAGAUGAAGAUGGGUGUGCAGGUUCUGAUUGAAGAUCCCGACAAACUUGAGGGCAUCAGAAGUCGCGAAUUGGACAUCACCAAGGAGCGCAUCAAUAAGAUCUUGAGCACCGGAGUGAACGUUAUUCUGUGCACCGGUGGAAUCGACGAUUUGUGCUUGAAGUACUUCGUCGAAGCCGGCGCGAUGGGCGUUAGGAGGGUGACCAAGAAUGACUUGAAGAGGAUCGCCAAGGCCACCGGAGCGGCUUACGUGACUUCUUUGACAAAUAUGGAUGGUGAGGAGAGCUUUGACGCUUCGAUGGUCGGUGAAGCCGCCGAGGUUGUCCAAGAGAGGAUCUCAGACGAUGAGCUUAUUUUGAUCAAGGGACCAAAGGCUCGCACUGCCGCUUCUAUGAUCCUGCGCGGCCCCAACGACUUCUACUGUGAUGAAAUGGAACGUUCCGUGCACGACGCCCUCUGCGUCGUCAAACGUGUGCUCGAAUCUAAGAGUCUCGUCGCUGGCGGCGGCUCCGUCGAAGCAGCUCUUUCCAUCUAUUUGGAGAACUUCGCAACCACCCUCAGUUCCAGGGAGCAACUGGCCAUCGCAGAGUUCGCAAAGAGUUUGUUGGUCAUUCCAAAGACCUUGGCCGUUAACGCCGCCCAAGACGCCACCGAUUUGGUGGCUAAGCUGAGGGCUUACCAGAACUCCAGCCAGACCAAAGUCGAUCAUGCCCAUUUGAAGCACGUCGGUCUUGAUCUGAUCGAGGGUGUCGUUAGGGACAACAAGAAGGCCGGCGUUUUGGAGCCAACCAUGUCCAAGAUCAAGUCCCUCAAGUUCGCCACUGAAGCUGCGAUUACCAUUUUGAGGAUUGAUGAUAUGAUUAAGUUGGACCCAGAGCAGAAGGAAGGCGGCAGGGGAUACAAGGAGGCAAUGGAUGCCGGUGACUUGUAAGCUUUGUAAUACACGAAAUAGCACCAACUCAUUCUUUAUUUAUCAUCGCAUUUAAUCUUAUAUUUGCAUCAUUUUUCUUUUUAAUAUAAUUAA